AUGAACCUCCGUAAUACUGUUCUUCAGAGCUCACUUAGAUUCAGUCUCUGUCGUGUCGAUCUUACCACCGCCUCCCAGCAACAAACCGCAGAUCACAAGGAAAAAAAGAGGAAAGAAAGUAUUUUAGACUUGUCAAAAUACCUUGAGAAAAAUAUACGAGUUAAAUUUGCUGGUGGAAGAGAAGCUGCUGGUAUCUUGAAAGGCUAUGAUCCAUUGUUGAAUCUCGUUCUUGACAAUACCACCGAGUAUCUAAGAGACCCUGACGAUCCUUACAAGCUUAAUCAGGACACCAGAAUGCUGGGACUAGUUGUAUGUAGAGAAAAGAUAAAAUACUCGUGUUAUGAUUUAUAG